CUUGGAAAUAGAUAAGCUAGUGUUUUGCGUGUCUUCUUUAGAAUAUGUUUUGAUACAAAGAUUUUGGGUAUUUGAUUGAUAGUUUUGUUGAGCUUUUUUUCUUGAAGUGAAAUAACGGAUAAUACAUUUUCAAUUCCAGUCCAAAGUGUAAUCUUUUCAAAGAAAAUUGGAUAAUUCAAAAUGAAUCCUACCUCAAACACCAUGAACAAUUUGCAUUGGCACAAUUCAGUUACGACUGAAAUUCGCAAUGAUUUAAUCUAUAAAUUGGUGCAAACAAUAUUCCCGGCGUUCUGUCCAGUGCUCGAACCGCGAAUGCACAAGUUGGUUGCAUGUGCCAAGAAAAUUGAAGGUGAUAUGUACGAAAUGGCAAAUUCGAGAUCUGAAUACUAUCACCUGUUGGCGGAGAAAAUUUAUAAAAUUCAAAAACAAUUGGAAGAAAAGCGCCAGAAGCGAAGGGAACAACAGCAGAUGCAGCAGACUAACAGUACACAAUUGAAUGGGAAUGAACCAGAUAAUAGGAGUUCCGAGACUUUGCAACAUUUGAACGAAAUUAUUGAAAAGUUAUCGUUAGAAUGAGAACAUUCAUCAAAUAUGGCAAAUGUUGAAGCAAUUAAGCCAAUCAGUUGCAAUUAUGAAAUCAACCAAAGAUAGCGUAAACAAAUUAUGAAAAAAAAAGGAAUUUAUUUUGAAACCAUCGAAUUCUAAAGAAAAUAUUCUGUUCCAAACAAAAAACUUUUUUUGCUAUUAUUUUUGUGUUUUUUAUAUCUCUAGAAGUAAGAUUAUGUUGUUUCAAGAACUUGGGCAAUAAACAAAAAUACAUUAGAAAAAGAUCAGUGACUUCAUUCAAUUUUUCCGAGGUUUUACAAAAAAACAUUCAUUUAUCUCCAAUUUUAUUGAGAAAAUAUAUGAAUUGUAAGAAGUCUGACCAUUUGUUGUAUUCAUUAUCCAACUAAUAGAAAUGCAAAAGUGACUAGGGUAAGCCGGUUGGUUUUGUAUGCAUUUUUGCAAUAGAAAUGCAGUAGUGUUGCCAAUUUGAAUACAGACGUAAGCGAAUCACAGAGACAUCUAAAGGCAAUCGGAAACUGUCAAUGUCAAUGAAUGUUUGUUGGAUAUUUACAAAACACAGAUAAAAAGUUCAUUUUUUACAAUUUUUCGUCCUAUUUCAUUCAAUUAAAUUCCGUUUUAUAAAGUUUUAUAGAAAUGUCGUUUGUUUCAUCACAACAUGCAUCUAUAGCAAGUUGUAUGCAAAUGGUAAUGAAUUUAAACUUGUACAGUAUUGCCUACUCCAAAUUCUGCGCUGAAAUUCGCACAAUGAGCUGCUAUUUGUCAAACCAUUGCUCACUUGUUUACAAUCUGUCAACUGGUGAACACGGUUUUCCUUUGCUGUGAUACAAAAUAAUUUCACAACUUCACGCAAUUCUUUGAAUUCAGUUCUACGUCUCAGUUCAAUACCAAAUCUGCCAUAUUUCAAAGAUUUUGGCGUGAUAAGUUUGUGAAAAAGUCAAAACCAUUUAUUAAUCAACAACGGACGAAGCGUGUUUUUAUAAAAGAGUCAACGCCCACUAAAGCCGCUCAAAACGAAUUUUCCAACUAACAAACGAAAGCGCACCUACCGAAUUGAAUAUGUCCAGCGAAUUGCAAGCGGAUCUGGAGAAGCCAACGCUCAUCCAACAGCAAUUGGUGUUAUUGUUGCAUGCGUACAAGUGUCAAAAGCGCGAAAAUGAUAAUCCAAACGGUCAGGAUGCAAACAAGUGCACGUUGCCGCAUUGCAAAACCAUGAAAGACGUUUUAAAUCAGCUGAAAAACUGUGAAACGGAUCAAGAUUGCACGAUGCCGCAUUACAAAACCAUUAAAGACGUUCUGAUUCACAUGAAAAAUUCUAAAUGUAAUAAAGAUUGCACGGUGCCGCAUUGUUCGUCAUCUCGUCAAAUUAUUAGCCAUUUGAAGAGCUGUCAACGAUCCGAUUGUCGGGUGUGUUUUCCGUUGAAACAAAUAUUAGCGAAUAAAGGAAAUGACGGCACCACAAAUGCACAGGCAACAACCAUGCUUUCUGAUGUAAACGCAACUUUGGAUACAGCUUCAAAGAAUGGAAAUUUGGUUACCAACAAUCAAUCGAAUGAAAUCCGUCAACAAGACAUUCCGGCCAUUGUGAAGAAAGAAGCAGCACCUGAUGCCAUAUCAACUGAUCAAAUUAUUGCCCAUCGAAAGAAUUGCAAGGACUUCAACUGCCCAGCAUGUUUGACGUUGAAUUUGGCCCUUAGAGAAUUGAAGGCAUCAAAACAAAACAUCGAUAAUAUCAUUGCCAUGUUGGAGUUGGAACACGAGGAUGCUGAGUAGGAUAGCGGUCAUUUCAAUUCGGAUUAUUUCCUGUCACUUAAAGCCUCAAACAGCGACUUUUUUUUCACCAUUUAUACUAUGUUUUUUCAUCGUUUUUAUACCAGAACAAACUAUUUAACAAUAUAUCUAUAACGAAUUAAAAUGAAUAGGGUAUUUUUCAUUUAUUUAUCCUUUGAAGCUAUUUUAACGGAAUCUAUCAAGAUUUCAAAUAGAAAACUAAUAAAUAUCGGUUGAUUUUCGAAUAAGAUCCUUUUCCACAGAGCGAACCCAUCAUUUGCCAUAAUUUAGAAUAGUUGAAUUUUGCUAAUGUAAGUUAGUAGUCAUAAUUUCAAAACAAGAGCAACUACUUCACUGAUUCAAAAAAUAUAACGAAGAAAUAGCGUCAGCUAAGAUCAUUUUAUCUUUACAUUUUCAAAAGAUUAACUCAUUUCUAUAUUUGUCAUCAAUAUUUUAACAAGCGUAAAAUAAAUAUAAACAAAAAACCGAA